GCGUUGCUGGCCUCUGAGGUUGCUGCAGAAGGAGAAGGCGUAGACGUCUGACUGGAGCCGCGGCGUCUUACCUUUCAGCGGUGUGGUCCUGCGCUCCGAACCUGUCGCGGGCUUCUGGGCUGCGGGGCCUGGAAGGAGGCGUGUCGAGGCAGCUCGAGAGCGACCCGGGGGCGCCUCGGCGUUCCCCUUGUCAUCCCACUCUGCGCCAUGUCGUGGAUGUACAGGAGGGAGCCUUUUUGGAAGUACUUGCAGACUGUUCAGUAUGCAGCCCAUGCAAAUUUUCCACGCCACUCAUAUCCAACUUUUUUCCCACACUUUGAAUUCCAAGAUAUUAUUCCUCCAGAUGACUUCCUAACUAGUGAUGAAGAGCUAGAUUCAGUUUUAUUUGGAACUUUGAGAUGUCGUGUGGUUGGACUGCGCUAUUACACAGGAGUAGUUAAUAAUAAUGAAAUGGUUGCAUUACAACGAGAGCCUAAUAACUCCUAUGAUAAAAAUGCAAUUAAAGUAAACAAUGUGAAUGGAAAUCAAGUUGGCUAUUUAAAGAAAGAUCAUGCAGCUGCUUUGGCCUAUAUCAUGGACAAUAAGUUGGCACAAAUUGAAGGGGUAGUUCCUUUUGGUGCAAACAAUGCUUUUACCAUGCCUCUGCAUAUGACUUUUUGGGGAAAAGAAGAAAAUAGAAAAGCGGUUUUAGAUCAUUUGAAGAAACAUGGAUUGAAAUUGGGUUCUGCACCAAAAAGAUACAGUUUGGAAAGUGGUUGGGGCUCUGGAAGAGCUGGACCAAGCUAUAGUAUGCCAGGACAUGCGGCAGUACAGAUGACAACUGAACAGCUUAAAACAGAAUUUGACAAAUUGUUUGAAGAUUUAAAAGAAGAUGAUAAAACUCAUGAAAUGGAACCAGCUGAGGCUAUUGAAACACCAUUGCUUCCACAUCAAAAACAAGCUCUAGCUUGGAUGGUUUCACGAGAAAACAGUAAAGAACUUCCACCAUUCUGGGAACAGCGAAAUGACUUAUAUUAUAAUACAAUAACAAAUUUUUCUGAGAAGGACCGACCAGAAAAUGUCCAUGGAGGGAUUUUAGCUGAUGAUAUGGGUUUGGGUAAAACUCUCACGGCCAUUGCAGUAAUUCUUACCAACUUCCAUGAUGGCAAACCUCUUCCUAUUGAAAGACUAAAAAAGAAUCUACUGAAGAAGGAAUGUAAUUCUAAUGACAAAUCUGUGAAACUUGGAGGAAGCAUUACCAGUGAAAAGGCAGACGGACUAAGCAAAGGAUCUAGUGAAGAACCCAGUAUUUCACAUGUCAAGAAGAAGAAUAAGUAUCCCAUGUCAGAAUUGUCUAGCUCCCGCCCCAAAAGAAGAAAAACUGCUGUCCAGUACAUUGAAAGUAGUGAUUCAGAGGAAAUUGAAACAAAGGAAUUGCCACAGAAAAUGAAAGGCAAACUGAAAAAUGUACAAUCAGAGACUAAAAGCAGGGUAAAAGCAGGAUCUUCUAAAGUUCAAGAAGAUGGGAUGCUUGCGUGUGCACUUACAUCAUCUACCCCUACAACAAAAAGGAAAAUGUUGAAAAAGGGAGCAUCUGCAGCAGAAGGUUCAAAGAAGACUGAUGCUGAACGGAGACCAAGAACAACACUGAUCAUCUGUCCACUCUCUGUAUUAAGCAACUGGAUUGACCAGUUUGGACAACAUAUAAAAUCAGAUGUUCACUUGAAUUUUUAUGUUUAUUAUGGUCCUGAUCGUAUUAGAGACCCAGCCUUACUCUCAAAACAGGAUAUUGUUUUGACUACAUACAAUAUUUUAACUCAUGACUAUGGAACUAAAGGUAAUAGUCCAUUACAUAGCAUAAGGUGGCUAAGAGUGAUCCUGGAUGAAGGACAUGCCAUACGAAAUCCAAAUGCUCAGCAGACAAAAGCUGUACUUGAUUUAGAAGCAGAAAGAAGAUGGGUAUUAACAGGUACUCCAAUUCAGAAUUCUUUAAAGGAUUUGUGGUCUCUUCUUUCCUUUUUAAAACUUAAACCAUUUCUUGAUAGAGAAUGGUGGCAUAGGACAAUACAGCGUCCUGUCACAAUGGGAGAUGAAGGAGGACUUAGGCGUUUACAGUGCCUAAUUAAAAAUAUUACACUUAGAAGAACAAAGACAAGCAAAAUUAAAGGAAAACCUGUUUUGGAGUUACCAGAACGUAAAGUAUUUAUUCAGCACAUUACGCUUUCAGAUGAAGAGAGAAAGAUUUAUCAGUCUGUGAAAAAUGAAGGCAGAGCUACUAUUGGAAGGUAUUUUAAUGAAGGGACUGUCCUUGCACACUAUGCAGAUGUGCUGGGUCUUUUGCUUAGAUUGCGGCAGAUUUGUUGUCAUACUCGUCUCCUUACAAAUGCAGUGCCUUCUAGUGGUCCCUUAGCCUUUUCUUUAGGAAAUGAUACACCUGAAGAACUGAGAAAGAAGUUAAUAAGGAAGAUGAAGUUAAUUCUGAGCUCAGGUUCAGAUGAAGAAUGUGCAAUUUGCUUUGAUUCUUUAACAGUUCCUGUGAUAACACAUUGUGCACAUGUAUUUUGUAAACCCUGUAUUUGCCAAGUCAUUCAGAAUGAGCAGCCACAUGCUAAAUGCCCUUUAUGCAGAAAUGAAAUACAUAGAGACAAUUUAUUAGAAUGUACUCCAGAAGAAUUGGCAUAUGAUGGUGAGAAAAAGUCUAAUAUGGAAUGGACAUCCAGUUCAAAGAUUAAUGCUCUAAUGCAUGCAUUGAUUGACUUAAGAAAAAAGAAUCCCAACACAAAAAGUUUAGUUGUUUCUCAAUUUACAACAUUCCUGUCUUUAAUAGAAACACCACUUAAAGCCUCUGGAUUUGUGUUUACUCGUUUAGAUGGUUCCAUGGCCCAAAAGGAAAGAGUUGAAUCAAUUCAGUGUUUCCAAAACACUGAAGUAGGAUCUCCAACUAUAAUGCUUCUGUCCUUAAAAGCAGGUGGAGUUGGUUUGAAUCUUUCUGCAGCUUCUCGAGUGUUUUUAAUGGAUCCAGCCUGGAAUCCCGCUGCUGAAGAUCAGUGCUUUGACAGAUGCCAUAGACUUGGCCAGAAGCAAGAAGUUAUCAUAACAAAAUUCAUUGUGAAGGACUCCGUGGAAGAAAAUAUGAUGAAAAUACAAAACAGAAAGAGAGAACUUGCAGCAGGAGCCUUUGGAACUAAAAAAACAAAUGCUAAUGAGAUGAAACAAGCUAAAAUUAAUGAAAUCAGAACUUUAAUUGAUUUAUAAUUUGUGGGACAGUAAGGUCAGUUUGAUCAAAUACAUAUGUUUUAAAUAUGAUAAAAGUACAGAGUUUUAGAAAUGAGAAAGAAUAUGUCUUCUGAAAGGGGCAUAUUGUUUUAUAUUAGCAAAGAGGUAUUACUGACACAUAAUCUUUUAUAUAUGAACCUAUUUUUAAUGAUACUUCCAAUAGCAAUAAGUUCCAUUAUAUACUAUGGCUUAAAAUAAUUUUUUGAGAAAAAAAGUUACUUUGUUAUUUAACUUUUCAUAGUAUCUAUGCUGAGUAUUUUCAUAUGUCUUCUAAGUACUCAGCUUUUUCAUAUUUCAGAUAAGGACUUUUAACCAAAUAGUUAUUUUCUAUGUUGGACACAUUUAUUCAAUACAGCCUCUGAUUUGUGAUGCAGUGGAUUCACAGUUCUUGUAAACAAUAUACAUAUAAAUAAGAGAUCGAUUUUAUUGGACUUUCAAAAACCAUAUUUACAUUCCAGAACCAAACCUUAAAUGAGAGACCAAAGUCCAGAUUCUCAAGUUACUUUCAGUUUUUUUUUCAAACAGCUACAUUGAGAUAUAAUUCACAUAAGUGACUUGCAAUUUUAUGUUUAUAAAAAAAUUAGAGAUUAUGUUAAAGCACUAUUUUCUCCAUUUUUUUAGUCAAGUGGUACUACCAUUCAUUGUUUAAAUGUAAUUUGAUGUGUUUAGGGUGUAAAUAUAGUCUGGGGGUGGGUGAGAGGAAUCCAAUUCUAGCCAAUUUGAAUAUUUAAAUUAUGGAAUUGCUAAAUAAAUUCUAUAAAUAAUUUUUAUUUAUGUAGUUUUUUUGGAAAUAACUUUAUACAUUUUUAUAAUUCAGAAGACUACUAUAUGUGAGAGGCGUCAUAAUCUGGAUGGAAGUUGGGCUGGAUGACAUCCAAAGUCGUUUCCACUCUUAAAGACAACUUAAUCUUGAAUGUAAAAGUUUCUUUGUUAAUGUGUGUUUAGAUUCAGAAUUUGAUUUUGGAACUUCAGUAACUCAUCCUUACAUCUAUCUGUAGGAUAAGUUAUCUUUUUCAUCUUUUUCUUUUUUGUUAAUAAGAAGACUCACAGUAGUUGCCACAGAAUUCUGGAUGACUUUUUGAGUCAUAUUGAAAAUGAAUAAGCUAGAAAUGCAUCAGUCAGGUUAGGUAGUCAGUGGUUUUAUUUCAUGAAGAAAAACUUUGUUUUUUAAUCCAAAGAAAGAUUAGUUAUUGUAAUAAGAGAAGCUUCAUGUUUGAUGAUACAGAUUUAAGAAUACCUUAGAUAAAUCUUGACUGAAAGAUGAGAUUGGAGGUAACUGCUGUUACAGGGCACACAUCUAACGUAUGUGCUAAAUCUCUUACCAGCUAAGUCCUCCCCUCCCUGUGAUUAAUCCCUUGCUCAAAGGGGACAGUGGAUUAGUCAGAAUCUUUCCAGUCCCUUUUCUCAGCAGUAGCAGAGGGAUGAUAUUCAUUAAGACCAAGACCUUUCUGUAGGGAUAAGAGUGGAAUAAUUUGGGGUUGGUCUGCUAGCAUUAGGAGCAAUAGAAAAGUUCUUUACUUGUAGUCCAGCUUACAGACACAGAAAAAAUCAGAUUGAUCAGAAUAUGGGUUCUUCAUAUACCAGUACUCUAGUGAGAUUAAGUUAUAAACAGUUUUUUGGCAAAAAACACCACAAUCUACUCUUCUGCUUACAGAGGCAAAGCCUUACAAACUUACUAUAGAAGACGAAGGAAGACACUUUGCUUCUUUAUCCAGACAUUUACAGAGUUGUGUUUUUAAACACAUUCAUAAGUUUGCCAAGUCAUUUAAAAAAUAGCUUUGUUUUGUACAGUUUUAUUAGAUAUUGUUAAAUAAAAAAUUUAAUUUUUCUUAAGAAAAUGUAUAAACCACUGGAAUGAAAACUUUACAUUAUGCUAUACUGUUAACUACUAGUAAUGCUGUUUUAUUAGUACAUAGAAUAAUAGCUUUAGAAAUAUAUUGAUGACAUUGUAUUCCCACUUGUGAUUCAAACUGAAUUUUGUGGUUCAAACUGGAUUUUGUUUUAAAAUGAAUAAAAAUUUCAAAAGUU